GGCAAGUAUUGUAAUAAGUUCAAAAUUAGUAAGCUUUGUAUACUCCUAGUUAACAGUAAAGUGUGUUAUAAAAAUGAAGAAAACUAAUAGCUUUAAUAAAGCAGCCACAGCAAUCCUUUUUCUACUUUGUUUUGGUGAACGAUUUAUAUUGAGUUUCUCCACGAGUACACCUUGUGCACUUCGUGCUACAACUUACGGAAAUGUGUGCGUAUGUAAUACGACUUAUUGCGAUUUUCUGGAUCCAGUUAGUCCUGUAGGUGAUGAUGGUAUUGUAUUUACUUCUUCAAGCAAGGUUGGUCUUAGGUUUGACAGGAUAUUAGGGAAAUUUUCUGAUAAGAAAAUACUUAUAAAAGAUUUGGAGGAAUUGAGUGGUCUAAUGAAAGGACUAGAAAGCGUAGAAGAAACCGUAACAUCAAUGUUAUCGAUGGAAUCAGAAGAAUCCAACCGAAACACGAAAAUUCAAAUUGAUCGAAAUAAAAAACAUCAAAAAUUUGUUGGAUUUGGCGGAGCCUUAACUGGUGCGGUGUCAUAUAAUUUGAAAAAUUUACCCCAGGAAUUACAAGAUUCAGUUUACAAAUCAUACUUCUCAAAGGAAGGAAUUGGAUAUACUAUAAUUCGUAUGCCAAUUGGAGGUUCUGACUUUGAUUUAGAACCCUGGGCAUAUAACGAGGAACCAGAAGAUGAUACAAAUUUAUCAAAUUUCACAAAAUUAAAUGAUCUUGAUGAAGACAAGAUUAAACAAAUGGAAAGGCUGAAAUCAGUUGCAAAUAUUGAACAUAUAAAAAUUAUGGGUUCUGCUUGGAGUCCACCGAAAUGGAUGAAAACUUCACACUCAUGGGAUGGAUUUAGUUUUUUGGAGGAGAAAUAUUAUCAAACCUGGGCUCUUUAUCAUCUCAAAUUUAUUGAACUGAUGCAAGAAAACAAUAUGCCAGUUUGGGCGAUCACAACUGGUAACGAACCUUUGAAUGCUGUUUUAUAUUCUUCACUUGUAAAAUUCGUAUCACUCGGAUGGACACCAAAUACUCAAUCACAUUGGGUAGCAGAUAAUUUAGGCCCAACCAUAAAACAAUCAAAAUUCAAAGAUGUUAAAAUUUUCUGCAACGAUGGUCAAACAUUCACUUACCCGUUUUGGUUUGUAGUGAUGAAUAUGACGCGAAAAGAAUCAAUAGACUAUUUGGAUGGAUUAGCAGUGCAUUGGUAUUUCGAUGAAUAUUACGGACCUCGUUUGAUUGACGAAACUCAUAGAAUGAUGCCUGAUAAGCUGAUAUUUAAUACGGAAUCUACAGUUGGAUCCAAACCUAAAUUAGGAUCAUGGGCAGAUGGAGAAAAGUAUACAAUUAAUCAUAUGAGAGAUCUCAAAAACUCAUUUAAUGGAUACAUCGAUUGGAAUAUGAUUUUGAAUGAGGAAGGUGGACCGACUUAUAUUGACAAUUUUUCGAGCUCUCCUAUUAUUGCGAAUGAAACAAGUGGCCAGGAGAUAUACAAACAACCAAUGUUCUAUGCCAUCGGCCACUUCUCCAAGUUCCUCCCCGAAGGAUCAGUAAGGAUAGAAGCAGCUAAACAUUCAAAUAAGGACGUCGAUACCGUUGCGUUUCAACGUCCCGAUGGAACAAUAACUUGUGUCAUUUCCAAUUAUGCGCAAGAAGCUGCCGUCGUUAACCUGGCCGAUAGUAUCCGCGGUGAUAUUGAGAUCACAAUUCCGCCAAAAUCGCUGCAUACGAUUGAAUAUAAUUAGAAUAAUUUGUGGAGGAGGGAGGAGUCUAGAUGCGUCGUCGUUUCGUCGAGUUAUUAUGCUGAUGUGCUGGUGCGUUAAGUGCAAUUAUUUUUAAGGCUUUUUGCAACAAAGUAACAUGGGAUGGAUCUGAUUUUCUCUACGAUAAGGAAUUUUUCCAAAGAACAUUGACGAUGUAAUGGUGACGGUUGCUCUUUGGUCUCGGCGUGAAAACAUAAAAUGUAACAAAGUUUAUGAUCAUCAGCUAAAUAAAGUGUAAUUAUGCGUCGUAAAAAUGUUAAUUUAUUGCGUGUAUAUCCAGUUCAAUUAAAAAAUUUUGUUAUGUUUUUUAUUUGA